AUGGCGGUCGAAGAUAAAAAUUCAGCUAUAGUCGAAACAAUUGAAUGUAUUAGAAUGCAAAGUGAUGAUGGUGAAGCUUUAAGAGAUUUUGAAAUUAUAACUAUUAAUGAGAACGAAAAUGAUGAUGGUACAACAAUUGUUACCCCGAUUGAAGUUGGGUUUUUUAAAAAAUUGAUUGCAUUUUUCUUUUUUCUUAAUAUUGAAAAUGGAAAAUUUGUGUAUAAAAUUGAUAAAGUUAAUUAUUUAGAUGCACGUAAUUUGAAUAUAAAAGAAAGUAUAGAUGUUUAUGUUGAACACAGUUUCUUAAAGAUAGAAACAGGCCAAACCAUUUAUGUCGGGAAAAAUAAGCUCAAGAGAUGUAUUAACUUAACUGAUCACUGGCCACUCAAGAUUGAACAUGGUAGAAUAUAUGUACAAUCUCCUGCCGGAAAAUCUUUUGUUGAUUUGACUGGGCACAAAUAUUUUGAAAUUAAGCGUGGUAAAAUCAUGCAUAUGGAAUAUGAUAAGAUUAAAGAAGUUAUUGAUAUAGUUGAUCAUGGCUUAUUGAAAAUCGUAAAAUUAGAUUAUGGUUUUAAAGUCGUUUAUAUGAAAACCCCUGCGGCAACAAAAUUUAUAGAUUUAACAGAACAUGGAUUAUUGAAUUAUAUAGUUUAUGGCCAUAAAAAAGCGCAAAGUUCUGAUAUCAUUU